AUUUAUUUGCAGUCUCAGCUUCCAUGGAACAGAACGUAAUAUCCAUCUAUAAAAGUCGCGUUAGUGUGGGGUUGAUGUAAAACAAAAGCGGCGUUACUUUAAGAAACAAGUUAAUUUUGGCUCUGUUAGCACUUUUUUUUUUUGCAAGAACAAAUUUCAAACAAUACGCUUAUCAGAUGAUCUGUCAACUCGGCAACUCUGUUACCUCGCUACAUAGUGAGUUAAGGAGACGGUGAGAUAAAAUACAUUAAAACUUUCCCAAUUUCCCACCAACAGUAGCCAUUCAAUUCAAUUACAUUACCCCAGUAUUAAUCGUUAGAACAUGCAUCACUUAGAAAAAAAAAUCUAGUGGGUUGCUUGUUUUAGUUAACUAAGUCAAUAUCUAGUUGGUUUGCUAUAUAUUUUUCAUUAAACUGCCAGUAGAUGUGCCUGAAUUGUGUUGCCUAAAUCGUACUCGGCAGUCGGGGAUGAAGCCGUUCUUGCGUGCCAGUGCUUGGGGAUUCUACUAUACGCAGUUUAUGCUGGAACAAAACCAAGCCUAAUUUCGCUGUCAAUUCCGAGAAAGAAGAAGUAAUACUUCAUCAUCAUAUGCAAAACGUUGCAAUAGUCAACUCGUCGGUCUAUCUUGCCCUGCAGCACCUUGCUUGCUAGCUAGCUAGCAGGCUAACUCUGAAAAUUGCUGGAGCUUUUCACCAGACUACAGUGACGUAGAAAAACAGAACCAGGUUGCGGCGGAGGCCCUGCUCCCUCCCUCCUUCCUCCUUUCAGCGAGCAGCCUGAUUGGACCGGGCCUGGAAAACAGCUCAGAAAUCACUAUGUAUAGGCCCCGACAUCUGCACCGUGGGAAUAAUAACCAAGCAGUGUAAUUCAAAUAAAUUUGGAUAUGAUAUUUUCAUAGGACAGGAAACGGGGAUUGGAAAACAGGUUAUUGUCCUCCCUGGAAGGAAAAUAAAGAAACAUUUGUCAAUUGCUUGAAUUGUGUGAGGACAGUGCAACAAAUGUGAAGGUAUUACUAAUACGCUUGAGAAGCAGGAGAUAAUGGACCGGGAUGGAGGGGUCUUGGAACUUCAGCUGCAUGAUUCAAAAAUGCCUCAUACAAUGAUAAUGCAGGACUUUGUAGCGGGCAUGGGUGGAAUGGCCCACCUGGACGGUGAACACAUCGUGGUGUCCGUGCCGGAGGCAGUGCUGGUCUCUGAUGUGGUGACUGAUGAGUGCAUCACCCUUGAUCCUGGGCUGGAGGCGGAGGUCCUGGAGGGGCCGGACAUUGGGCCCGACGACGUGGUAGCAGAAGAGGGCAUGAUUGUGGCGGAGUCCGUGCUGGGGACGGAGGUGGCCAUUCAGGAAGAAGUGGAUUGUAACCAUCAUGUUCUGACUGCUGACCCGAAUGAGGAGUCGGUGCACGUCCCCGAUCAGGUCUUUGAGAUGGUGUCCGGGGAAGUCAUGGUCUCCGACUGCGACUCGGAGACGGUGAUCCAGGCGCAUGAGGGUAUGCCAGCUUCCACAGUUACCAUCAAACCGCAUGAUGAUGAGGACUGCAGGAGUACCUCACAGGACUACCUGAUGAUCUCUCUGGAUGAAGUAGGGGAAAAUAUAGACAGAGGAAACACUCACCUGAAGAUAAAUUCUGAGGGUACACAAGAUUCUGGGGCCAAGGACGGUGCUUACAGCUCAGAGGUCAUCAAGGUGUACAUCUUCAAAGCGGAGGCCAACAACGAUGUGGAAAUAGGUGGCACAGAGGUGGUGACAGAGAGCGACCUCCACUGCGGUCACGCUGUGCUGGAGCCGGGCGGCAUUGGCAGGCCACCGCGCGAGAAGAUGGUCUACAUGGCGCUGAAGGACUCCUCACAGGAGGACGAGGACAUCAACUCCACAGAGAUUGCCGAUGAGGUUUACAUGGAGGUGAUUGUGGGAGAAGAGGAGGACCCCUCCAUUCCGGAGUCUCUAGAUGACUCAACUCUCAACAAGAACUUUGUCUCUGUGGCUUGGGCCCCAGCUUAUGGUAACGGCCUGGACAGCAGACUGGAGGGCAAGAACGGUGCUGCCACGCAGUACCUGCAGAUCAGCGACAGCCUGUGCACCAGCAGGGCACUCAAGCAGAAGGCCAAGAAGAAGAGAGGAGAUGCUCGGCCCUGCCAGACCGCUGUGAUCAUCGGUCCGGAUGGGCAGCCUCUGACGGUCUAUCCCUGCCACAUCUGCGGCAAGAAGUUCAGGUCCCGGGGUUUCCUGAAGCGUCAUAUGAAGAACCACCCGGACCACAUGUUCAAGAAGAAGUACCAGUGCACCGACUGCGACUUCACCACCAACAAGAAGGUCAGCUUCCACAAUCACCUGGAGGACCACAAGCUGAUCACCAAGAGCGAGAAGGUGCCGGAGUUCACCGAGUACACGCGCCGCUACUGCGAGGCCAGCCCGCUCGGCUCCAACAAGCUCAUCCUGCGCGACACGGAGCCCAGGCUGCACAGGUGCAAGUACUGCGACUACGAGACGGCCGAGCAGGGCCUGCUCAACCGCCACCUGCUGGCCGUGCACAGCAAGAACUUCGCCCACGUGUGCGUGGAGUGCGCCAAGGGCUUCCGCCACCCGUCCGAGCUGAAGAAGCACAUGCGCACGCACACGGGCGAGAAGCCCUACCGCUGCCAGCACUGCGAGUUCCGCUGCGCCGACCAGUCCAACCUAAAGACUCACGUCAAGAGCAAGCACGGCGCCGAGCUGCCCUACAAGUGCGGCCACUGCCCGCAGGCCUUCGCCGACGACCGGGAGCUGCAGAGGCACGCGGAGAUCUUCCAGGGCCACAAGGCGCACCAGUGCCCGCACUGCGAGCACAAGAGCACCAACUCCAGCGACCUGAAGCGCCACGUCAUCUCGGUGCACACCAAGGACUUCCCGCACAAGUGCGAGGUGUGCGAGAAGGGCUUCCACCGGCCCUCCGAGCUCAGGAAGCACUCGGAGACCCACAAGGGCAAGAGGGCGCACCAGUGCCGGCACUGCGAGUUCCGGACCUCGGACCCGUUCACGCUCAGCCGCCACAUCCUGUCCGCGCACACCAAGGACCUGCCCUUCAAGUGCAAGCACUGCGCGCGCGGCUUCCGGCAGCACAGCGAGCUGAAGAAGCACAUGAAGACGCACAGCGGCCGCAAGGUCUACCAGUGCCAGUACUGCGACUACAACACCGCGGACGCCUCCGGCUUCAAGCGCCACGUCAUCUCCAUACACACCAAGGACUACCCCUACCGCUGCGACUACUGCAAGAAGGGCUUCCGCAGGCCCUCGGAGAAGAACCAGCACAUGAUGCGGCACCACAAAGACGUGCUAAUGUAGCGCCGCGCGCGACACGGCACCACAAAGACGUGCUAAUGUAGCGCGGAGCGUCCCUGCCUGCUCCUCCGGCCUUCUCUGAAGGUCCCUGAAGAGGGGAGAUGUAUUUAUGUUUAUAUAUGUAACAUAAUCGUCCUCUGUUCCACUAUACCUUUUCCAGGAAUGACAUUUUAAGUCUUAACAUUCACUAGCAAAGAGCUGAAACUUGGUGAAGAUCGUUAAAAUAGUUGCAGUUUGUCGGGGGAGCGGAGGUAUUGCGAUUGGGCUAUGGUCACUUCAGCAUUUUAUUUUUAUUUUUAUUUUUUUGCUUGAUGCAGAUUCAUGGCUAAUCAGACAUUCAGGGUCUCAAAUGUCAUGUUGUUUACGAAUUUCUGUAGAAUAAUAUAAAAUGGUACCAUGUGUCCAUAUUGGGAGUAGUCCUUUAAUGUCUCUGUAUCAAGUGGCAAAAUCAGUAUCGGUGGUUUUUUAAGGUGUGCUGCUAUGUGAUCUGUAAAUAUACUGAUGGGCAGAAAAUCCAUUUAAAAUAUUUAAUCAGUAUGGAUUUUAUCAUGAACAAUGUAUCAGCUGUAAAUGACUCGUGCAAUAUUUCAGUAUGGUUGCAGAUUUUGAAUGUUCACUAAUAGGCAGAAUAGGAGGUCUAAUAUUCUGUGUGAUGUGUGCCCUCCAUGGGGUCCUUACCCAUUUGGCCAUGUCAUGACUGCAGGAUUCUUAAUCUGUCUCCUUGGGGGCGGAGUUAUUCCUGAGUACUGACCAUUCACAGAGUACCUGGGGCGGAGUCAAUCCUGAGUACAGACCAUUCACAGAGUACUAGACUGAUCUCGUUUGCACAUUUUCCCAUUUACACAAUAAAGUAGCUGCCCCACCCUGACACUUGCAUUGCCACUAGAGGGGUUGUUUUUCCCAGCUGGAAAUUACGAAUCAGAAAAGCCAAUUUGUGUCCCAUUGAAGGACCGUGUCAGUGUUGGGAGUGUUGGCAGUAAACACUUUAAAUCUGAGUCUUUAGAGAUUGUGUAGCAGUGCUCAGUUUGGUACAUAUAUUUCUGGUAAAAAUACUCAAUUACAUGUUGCAUUUCAGUGCCUCUCAGUAUAGAUAUGUUAAGGUGCAUCUUUUUGUCUCUUCAUCUGUUUUCAUUUGCUUGGUUUACAUGAGUCUGUGGCUGUGCUAUGCUACACUAGCAGCCAGCUCAGUGAAAAUAUAUACAUCAUGAUGCAGUUUAGCUACAAACUAAUACCUUAAGCUGGAUGAUCCAGUACGUUUUCACCUGGUGAUAGGCCUGUCAUCGCUAAUACCCUCAUAAAUGGUAGGCUAAUCUCAAAUUGCAGGUUGUAGAUCUUCCUAAACAGCCUGCUGUACUCUCACAGUGAAUAGAUGGAUGCCUUGGAAUCAAAUAUCUAUAAUGUUCUGAAUUCGGUGCUGUGAAUGCCGCUGCUCCAUUUAUCUUGUGUGACACACUCAUGCACAGGUGCGUCAUACUCUCUCCUGAGUAAGUUUAUGGUCAUGCCUCACUCUUAAUGCAGUUUUCAUUUGCAUACAUUUUCACUACAUCCAAUUGAUUCACAAACUCAAAUUUUAUGUACAGGUCAUUACAAUCUGAAUGUUAGUGAGUCACUUUUAGUCAUAGUGUGGUAAUGCAAAUAUUAGAUGGAUACAAGCCUGAAUGAAUGAGUUGAAGGAUGAAAUCAAAAGUGGGACUAUUUUCAUAAACUAUUGUUUAUGAUGAUACAUAUUCGAAUCACAUACAGUCUAUAAUACACUUUUGGGGUGUGGUUGUGCCUUGACCUUAAUACUGUUACUUCAUCACACUCUGAAAAUUUCAUUUCCUUGUGCAAACGAACAUCUGAAAUGAUUUCACUUCUUUAAAAUUGUAUGUUAAUGCUUUCGGUCAGUUAUUUUUUCACCAACACGAUUCUCCAGGUGUUCCUGUACGGUCUCACAGAAGUUGGAGUUUAAAGUGAUCUUUCAAAUUCAGAAAUAUAUUGAACAACCAAGCCUCAGGUUGAGGUGGGGUAAUCUCUCACCUACCUGCAGGAACUAACCACAGUGUAACCCGAAAGUGGUUGAUAUACACAAUGUUUUUUUUUUUGUCUUUAACUGCUUGCCAUUAUAGUAACAUAGUGAUGGCCAUGCAGUAACAUUGUUCAUGACUCAGAAUGUCUGCAGUUUUUUUUCAUUGUUUUUUUGUUUUUUUAACUUUUCUGGUAUAGAGGAACCAAAAUAAAUGUUUUUAUAAGAA